UGUACCAGUAAGAUGGACCUGGGAGCGACUAUGUGGCACACCCAGAUGACAUUGGACACCGAUGUGGAGAAAGGUCCCGAGCUGCAAUGCUCCAUCUGCUUCACCACAUAUGACAAUGUCUUCAAAACACCCAAACAGCUGGACUGCACACAUACAUUCUGUCUGGAGUGCCUCUCACGCCUCAUGGCCAUCUCCAUGGACCCUCAGGAGAGCAAAAUCUCAUGUCCCUUCUGCCGACACCCUACCACCAUCCCUAAAAACGGCCCGCCAGCUCUGACCACCAGUCGUGAGGUUCUGUGUCGUCUUCCUAUGCACCAGCAGCAUGAGGAGCCUGUGUGGCUCGAUGGGGACAAGCUGUGCUACAAGCCAUCGCUUGGGGCAGGCAUGCCAGCUUUCUGCAUCUGCACUGACAUUGGUGCCAAUGGGUAUGGUGCAGGUGCUCCGCCUCAGAUGCACUCCAGGGCAGGCCUGAUGGAAAGACUCAGUCAGUGGAAGAAGCUGCUACUGUUUAUUGUAAUUGUGAUGCUGGUGGUAGUGAUUGUGUUGUGGCCAGUGCAGUGUAUCAUCACCACGGGGUCGAUGCGCUGUGUGUCCCGCAACCCACACUCCAACAACAUCACCUCUACUCCGCGAGUACUGACGCACCCAUAACUGAGACUCACACACACACAAGAGGUUCAUCUCACACUCCUGAGCUCUGUACAUGCAGCUAUGAUGGGCAAGACACAAAAUAAACUUGAUUAGAAACUGAGAAUGGGCUUGAAACCUGAGUCCAAAAGCAUCAGUGUGACAUCUCAAUUCAGCAUCUUAUUAGUGUUCUUUUUUUAGUUCAAAACACUGUCAGAAAUGUACUGGCUAUUCAUUCGUUCAUUCAUUUUCAGCAACCAUUUUAUCUUGGUCAGGAUUGUGGUGGAUGCAGAGCCAAUCCCAGGGACACUGAACAUGAGGUGCGAAUACUGGAUGGGACAUCAAUCCAUCACCAGCACCACACACCUCCACACAUUUUCACAUCUAGGGACAAUUUAGCAUCACCAAUCCACCUACUGGGUUGUUUUGGGAGGUAUGAAGAAACCAGAGCACCCAGAGGAAACCAAGGAAGAACAUGAAACAUUCCAUACAGACAGUAACCUGAGCUCAGGAUCAAACCCUGGAACUGUGACGUGGCAGUGCUUCCCACCGUGCCACUGUAUAUCUCGUGUAACACAAAUAUCUUCAUCAUCAGGAGACAAAUCAGUGGCAAAAUCUUUGAUUAGUGUUAGUUUACUGUGACCCAUGUUCAUCUGCAGAAAGUACAGGGCUGGAGUUGGUUAUUAUCAGACUAAUGAGAUGAUCAAACGUAGGACCUCUGUAGAAAGGCACUAGACAUAAACAUGUGAUCAGACACAGGUCUAAUACUGUGUUCAUUUUCAGCACUUUCUCAAAGUAUUUGUAUUUUUCCACAUCCAAAUCAUAAUCUAUGAUUGUAGAAAAGAAUAUGAAUUAGUUUGUGCUUCAUUCCAAGUCUGGCUGGCUAUUUUUCUAAGAUCCAAUGCCAGAUUUAAAGAUACCGUAGACUGCCUUUCAGAUUUUUCAAGUGGAGGUCAUUUUCCCGACACCCAAUUAUUUUUGUUUAGUGGACUGAAAGCUACUGAAUUCGAAUCACAGACUUCCAAUUUUAUUAGGUUUUUUAUAAAUAGAACAAUUAAUGAAUUUAAGGCCACGUGGCCCGAAAUUCUCUGCUAUUUUUUCCUGCUUCACCAUGACUCAAUUUAAGAUACUACGGUACAUCAUGCAUCACAUGGUGGGCUUUCCCUGUUCACUCAAGGCAUUGUGGGAUACAAGUUUGAAACAGCAGAGAAAAAUGGCAGACGUGAGUGUGUGAAUGAAACGUGAAAGACCGACUACAGUAACAGAAAGCAAGAAGAAAAGACUUUGUUAUAUACGAAGGACAGGAAAUGCAGGACCAAACUAAUAAAUAUCGGUGGUUAGUGAGCACCUCGGCGUGAUCAGCUGUUUGUUUAGCGACAGAAUGAUAUAACUGUCAGUGCACAGUCAAAGGUAAACCUAUAUAAACAUAUAUCACAAUGACCAGAUUUCAGAGGGAACUACAGUGGAGGAAAUAAUUAU